ACUACCCAAAUAGUCAACACAACAGCUCCUUCAACUACCCCAGUAGUCAAUGCAACAACUCCUCCAACAACUCCAGCAGUAAAUGCAACAGCUCAUCCAUCUACCCCAGUAGUCAGCACAACAGUUCCUCCAACUACUGCAGUAGUAAAAACAUCUCCAGCUCCAAUCACUCCGAUAACCAAUUCGACCGAAGUACUAACUACCCCAUUACCAACUAAGCCGGUAGCAACUACCCCAGUACCAACUAUCCAAGUGUCAACUACAACGGCAUCCCGUGCAACAGAGGCGCCACUGACCAGCCCACAACUGUCACUGCAGUUCAGUCUGACAUCGACCUUCAAUAGCUCUCUGAGCAACAGCAGGUCACCAGAGUUCCUGGCUUUGGCAAAUCAUGUGACUACACAGCUGGAUAAUUUGUUCAAGGCUCAAUUUGGAGCCAGAUUCCUUCGAACUGUUGUCAAUAGUUUCAGGUCAGGGUCAAUUGUGGUGGAGUCUACAGUGAUAUUCAACAACAUCAGCUCAGUGCCCAACGAUAGCCUGGUAGCACAAACUUUACAAACUGCCAUUACUUCCAACACGUCUGGCCUGACCUUACCUAUCAAUUCAUCCUCCAUUGUGGUCACACGAGCUACUACAAUGGCUAAUGCAACCACCUCCGCUGCAACAACUGCUGCUCCAACUGCAGCGGUGAACACCACCACUCUGGCAGAUGUCACCACCACCACCGCUGUUCCGGUAGCAACCACCACCACCGCUGUUCCGGCAGCAACCACCACCACCGCUGUUCCGGUAGCAACCACCACCACCGCUGUUCCGGCAGCAGCCACCACCACUGCAGUCGCACUAACUAACCCUCCAUCUCCUAGUGAAGGAACCCUGAUUCUUCGGUUCAGUCUCGAUGAGAAAUUCACCUCGGAUCUUGCCAACCCGUCUUCUUCAGCAUUCAAGGCUCUGGCCGGCAAAGUGGUCUCAGAGGUGAACAAGAUUUUUGCUAGAACCCCAAGCUUCCUUCGUUCCAUUGUCAACUCAUUCAAGAGUGGAUCUGUAGUUACCAACAUGACCCUCGUGUUCAGUAACAAAUCUUCGGUUCCCAGCGCAUGCAGCGCACAGACAACUUUCACCAUCAGUUCCACCUCCCUGAACAUCCUUCCGGGCAGCGUCAAUGUUGAGUCAUCAGUCAAUUCAGGAAGUGCUCCCCGACCCACUGCCUUCUGUCUGGCUUUCUUGCCUCUCACUUUGGCACUGCUAAUGGUACAGUUGCUGGCUAACUAAUAGCCUGUGUCAUAGCUCCUAUGGCAUUUUUUCCACCAAUGAACGGUUUUCCAGCUCUCAUAGAGACAGCCUUAAGAUUAAGGACCUGCUUUGGCAGAAGAAUGCACAAUGGAUUGUGCCUGUGUUAAUUGGCAAAAUAUAUAUGUAUUUCAUGUACAUUCCCCCAAGUACAUACAAACAAAAACACACCUAAGUGUACCUUUUGAUGUCAAGUAUGAUAUUUGUGACAUUCCUUAAGAAAUCAUAUAGUUUUUUUUCUGCUUAUGAAUAUUAAAUGCAUAUACCUUUUCUUUCAAGUGACUGUAUUUAUACUUAACCAUAUAGACAUUACUUAUUUAUUUGCAUCUUCCACAUGUUUUAUAUGUUAGAUUUAUAUGGAAAAUAACUGAAAGAUUAGAAAACCUUUCCUACAACUUGUGACAUCCAAAUCCUAUUGUAUACCUUUUUUUAUUGUGCUAUUUGAUCAUAGUUGCAUUUUUAGUUAUUAACUGAUUGUAACUACUUUAUAUCUGUUUUUUAAUUCACCAAGACCACAUACCAAAUACCUUUAUGAUAUUUACUUUUAGUUAUUUUGGGCAAAUCACUAAAGUGUGUCAAAGGGGCCGAUGAAGUAAUGCUGAGCACUGCAUUGUUUUAAAAACAUUGUAACUUCUUAUCUUGUUAAUAUUCAAUCCAAUAUGUAAAACACGUGGAAGUACAUUUUCUUCAUUACUGUUUUAAUAUAAUUCUAUUUUGGGUCGAAUAAUUUAUUCAUAAAACAUUUACAGUAUGAGUUACCAUGUGAGUAAAAUGCCUUAAGCAUAAAAAGCUUAUUUUUCUCAAAUGUUGUGCACAAAUUUGUUUUCAUCUCUGUUAGUGAGAAUGUAUCCUUUGCCAAGAUAAUCCACCCCCCAUAAUAGUUGUGGCAUAUGAACACUUUACAUGUUGCAUUUAUACGUCUGUUCAGUAUUCCUGUCCAUCUAUCUAUUUAUCUUUCUAUCUGUCAUUAAAUAAACGUUUUGAAUGAAA